CUCUUUGCCGCUGGGGUUUUGAGAGCUUUCACCUCGUAGCUACAUUAAACGUCACGUUGGGAAGAACGCGCCAAAGCAUCUGCUGCUUUUUCGCAAAGUAAUUCCAGAGCAUUUCAGUCUUAUAUUAAGUUGUGAAUUUCUUCUCUUUACAUUUUUUUUUCUCUUUCAUUUUCUUUCCUUGUAAUAUUAUAUAGGUCUGGUAAAAUUCUAACUUUUUCCCUCACAUAUUUACAACUUCAAUUUUGUGCAAUCAUAACUUUGUUCGUUAAAAUUAUAACUUUUUUCUCGUAACAUUCCACAAUAUUUGCACGUUUAGGCUUAUUUUCUACAUUACAACUUUAUUGUCAUAGAAUUAAAACUUUUUUUUUAAAUGACAACUUUAAUGUUUAUUAGCUAGUAGUCAUAGAUUGCUGAAAAAAAAGUGACGUUUUGAAUUUAUUUCAUCAAGUGGUUGCAGAAAAAAAACCUCAUCUUUCCUCAGAUUAAUUUUUUAAAUUAGAUGUAUGUGUAUCCAGACGAUUUUUAUCUUAUGCAACCAAUUGAUCAAAUAAAAUUGAAUAAAUCCAACAAAAACAAAUUUCACCGUAAUAGUAUUUUUUUUCCUUCAUUGUGGCUCUAACACUCACUAUUUAAUGAGAUUAAAACAAUCAAGUAUCUUUGUCUAAGUAGCAACAGUGACAAAGAAAAUGUGAGGGCUCAGUCCGGCACGUUGAAUGAAGGCCUUUUGGCUGAGCGCCUUUUAUGGUAACCGAUGCUCUUGGUGGUGUAUAGUGGCCGUGUGUGUGUGUACACACAGAAGCAGUAGGGGACUGCUGGGCUCCACGCGGGGACCACUGUGCCUCUCCCCAUUCACAAAUCAAUGUUUAACCCGCUGGCUAAAAGGUUUGGCAGGGGAGAGGGAGGCCCAGUCGGCAGGGUGGGCUAUCAGACCAUCCCGUGGAGGGAUAGAAGGGAGACAAAAGCCGCAUGGGAAUUCUUGGGCCGAACCUCAUCGGGUGAAGGCAUCUUCAUCCUACUGCUGACUAUGAGGUUGUGCUAAGAGUGGGGUAAUCUGCGUGAAGCGUUAAAUACCCUCUCGGUACACUGAUUUUGUGGUUAGCACUGUUGUGUCAUAAAAACGUGGUUCCCUGCACGUCAGGAAAAAGUAGAAGAGAAACAGAUUUCAGCUCGUUAUAUUGUCCCCAUCAUCUUCAAGGCUAUUUACGAGAUCUAUUUACACACUGCUGUUUUGGUUAGCAACAGAGUUCCAAAGGGCUCAUUAAUUAAACUAUUUAAUGCUCAUGUGUGAACAAUAGUGUCAUUGAACUGAAAUAAUUACAGUUACAACCUGGUUUUGUCCUGAUGGGAAAAGAGGCGUGUUUAUUUUUCUUAAGCAGCUGACAAACUGGUCCUGUACUUAAAAAAUGUCCAGUAAAAAAAAAAAAAAAGUUUGAACUUUAUUUAAUCAACCUUAUUCUACUAUGUUUGAUUGGAUUUUAUUUGUUGGAAUCUAAAUUUGAUUUACAAAUAAUUCAAUGAUUGCUUCGACAAACACUUAUAUAAAGCUUUGUUGUUGCUAGGCAGAGUCCACAGGUCUCAAAUGUAACUGCCCUGCUGACCAAUAAAAAAAAAUAACACUAAUGAGAUUUACACAAUAGUCUCACAAUUAAAACCAUCUGUAUUAAAUAUAAAAAACGUACUGGAAAGCAGGAAAACGGCAUCUGGUGUCUGCCAAAUAAAUCCAGGAAGAAUUAGCUCAUGGUAUAAUGUCUCACAUUAAAGGAUUAAAAGUGACUCUUUCCUCCAACCUCACUCCCCUUCUUCCCCACUUCACGCCCCCACUCAUCCACAGCACCCAUACAAACACACCUUCCUUCCUCCCCCCAGCUCGCAUGCCAUGACAUUGGCUGCACUGUUGCCUAGCAACCAGGGCGGAUGGACAGCGUCAUCCGGGGAGUAACAGCGCUAAUGUAAAGCUGCUCCCCUAUACAUCAAGUUUAUAUCUUCAUCUGCAAUUUAUUUAUUUAUGCUAAACUUAGCGACAUGAAUCGUUUCAGGCCAUUUCAUCAUGAAUAAUAUGCAGGCCUUCAAGUAUUUCCAAUGCAUUUUAAAUUCAAUUAAAUUGCUAUCGCCCAGUAUAUAAAAAAAUAUAGUCAGGUAUAUGAAAUGAGGCUUGUGAAAUUUCAAGCCGUUGUCAUCACUCUCAAAUAGUAGGACGCGACAUCCCGGCCUGCUGAAAAAAGCAUGCGACUUUGCCUUCCAACUUUCUUGAGCCUAAACAUGUUUGAGCUAAAAAAUAUAUAUAUCCACAUUAAACCACCAGUUAGCCGCCAGCUAACAUUGAAAAGCAGUUAAAAGUCGUGCUGUGCUUCCAUGUUGUCAGCAACUCUAACCAAUCUUAAAGCAUGUACAGUAUAAUGGAUUCAGCAACAAAUCUUUGGAUUGACUUUACAAGGAUUUGAACAUAAAACAUUAAAUAGGGGCACCACCUGUUUUUAAUGUGUUUGCAUUUGUUAUAGUAGCUUGAAUUACUUUUGGCACACCACAAGAGCAUCAUGAUGAUGCACAUGGGUAAAUUGGAUAAAUCCUUAUAAAAUACACCCACACAGUCGGUGAUUUUUUGAAUUGUGCAAACUACUGUGAUGCGUGGAAUCAGUGGUCCAUUGGGGAGUGGGUGUAGCCAUAGAAGACAGAGCAAACGCUCCAUAGCUGCUGAGUAAGAGGGUACGUGCCUCGCCUCAGACCCUGAGUGACAGCUAUUGACCCGCCCCGGCCAAAAAGACGUCUCUGUGGGAACGCUAUUGAUUAUCGCCGCGGCAAUAAAGGUCCCGGAAGCUCGGGAGAAUGUCAUGGAUCUCGGACGCCCAUGCGCAGCUGAUCUGAACACACACAAGAGACACAUUUUAAGCUAUACAAAGAAAGUGGAUGGAUAGCCAUCGUAUGGUGAGCUGGUAAGGUCACGCAAAACAUAGCACAAUCAGAAGCAGGGGCGCGCAAAGGAUGGGGGUUGACGGGCCGGGUCAAAGUUCCAAUAUUAUAACCUAAAAGAUGUUACUAUAGAAAAAAAAAGGUGCUAUCUUAUAUAAUAUGUUCUAUGUGCUCCUAUUAGUCGUUGCUCAGUGCUCAGGUAACGACCUUGUUUUCUUAGUCAUGUGACAUUCGCAAACUACGCUGUGAUUGGUUGUUAAAAGUUUCCAUUCCAAAUCGUCAAAGGGGAUAAAAUUAUAUUACUUUGUAAGAGUCAAGUCAUAAUACAAUGAAAAAAAUAAAAUGAAAACAUUGUUUCAUUCUUUUAGUAAUGUGAAAAUAGUGAGAGAAAACAAGUCGUAAUAAAUGAAAAUUAAGGAAUCAAUAUAAUGAUAAAACUUAACGGCGUAAAAUUGUAUUGUUUUCAAACUAACUAUAUUGUAACAAUAAACCACUUGAAUUGCUAAUAAUAUUUCAUAUUAGGUCAAACAAUAAGGACUGAAAAGUGAUAUCAAUACACUUAAAAAAUUCCAACAAUUACAUUAAUAUAAAACCUUAUUAGAUUUUCAUUCCAAUUUCAUAUUUCUUGACAAAAUGAUAUAAAAAUAAAAAAUAUAACCCUAAAACCUUUGAUCAAAGUGUGUCAAGUUUUUUCUUCUAUACAAUUCAACCCAAUCUGCAAAUUGUUUUCUGUGUAAUGUGUCUAAUUUAGCUGAACUCUCCCUUUAAACAUGUCAGGUGCAGUCAAGUGAGUCUGUAUAGAUUUUCUUUAGCCAAGCAAUGAUGAAUUUCUUUUUGUCUUGAAUGCUUUCUCUAACUUUUUCCUUUUCCUUAUGCCCUGCAUUCACACACCCCCGCGCAUUAACGCCAACGCCACCCUUGACCUCGCUGUGAAAAGUUAGCGCACCCGAGGUUGAACUCUCCCAGCUCGUUCGCAGCCACCGAACGCUGGGAAAGUGGCCCUCCUGACAUACGUGUGUGUGCGCGUGUGUGUGCUGGUGUGUGAGCGUGGCGACACUCGGGGUGUCAUGAAAAGGAGAGUUUUGACCCUCAACCCCUGACCUGUCCACACAAAUGACCUUUUUAAUGCCCAACGCUGCUAUUGUCAGCCGUGGUUGCCCGGGCUUAUGCUUGGAGCCCGCCAACAGAGUCCUAAUUCAUUAUAUUUUUGAUAUGGAGGACAAUGAUAUCAUUAAGAAAAAAAAGACAUCAAGUUUCAAGAAUAAAGUUGUCAUAUUUUCAGCUCAAAAUAUCACAGCAAAAAAAUAUUAUUCAAGAAAAAUGUGUAAUGAAGUUAGAUGAUAAAGUCCCAACAAAAUUAAUUCUAAAAGAAAAUGGUAUAAUAUUGCAAGAAUAAAGUCACAUUUUGUUUCGGCUAAAUGUUGCGAUAUUGUAUGAAUAAAGUUACAAUAUUGAAAAAUAGAAUGUUAUGUAUAAUAUUAUGUUAAAAGAAACAAGUUGUAAUAUUCAAUAUCGUUUUUCUUAAUAAGGUUGUAAUAUCAUGAUAAAAAUUGACAAUAUUAUGAGGAGAAACGUUAGCACAGUAAGCGAGAAAUGAUUUUCAUGAUGCAAGAAUUAUUCCAAAAAGGAUUUAAAUUUUGACAAUGAGUUACAAUAUUGGGAUGAAAGUUUUCAUAUUAGGGAAGAAAUGGUGUAAUGCAAUUCUUGGAAAAAUAGGCCAAGUGUUUGCAUCAAUCUGUUUAUUAUCAUUCCCAGUUAAAUCCUUUAAGCAUACAACACAAAGAAUCCCACGCAUUGAACUACAUUACGUGGGACUGCGAGCUAAAUUAAUAUAAAUGUAUUUUAUAGAAUACAAAUAACAAAUAGGAGAGAGCGUGAGCGGCAUUCAUGGCAAUGAUGAGCGUGCUUUUUUUUUCUCGUGUGACGUAAUCCCGACGCGUCGUAUGUCGGGACCGAUUUGCCACUGCAAAGGGAAAAUGGGGAUUUGUAAUUGGUCAAACGGCGCCGCCCAGUGGCCAAUUCCUGCAACUGCGGUUGUAACUGCAGCUUGUCGGUACAUUUUGUUUCCACGUUGCAAUACUCAAGUUUUUAAAGAAUAUAACUUUCUGUAGCCGAAUAUGUACUUUACAUAAUACUUUUUAUUGUGACAGGAAAAUAUGACAUUCGUUUUUUGGACUCAAUCCUAGCGGUACGUGUCUCAAUUUGGUGACAUGGGAUUAGUUGUUACAUAGGCGGAACUUGUAAGGCGAGAAGAGGGGAAAUGUUCGAACUUGUACGCUGGAAAAGGGAAAGGGGCUUGGAAACUUGGGAAUGCCCUCUUUUCUUUUUUCCCUCUUCCUUGUGGUAACUUGGACUGCUGACGCGUCCGGCAGCUGCAUGCACUCCUCCUUCCUUCUUUCCUUCCAGAAGAAAACGAAGGAGAAGCGGCACAUUCGGAGCUUGUUUCGCCAUGUUGCUCCGCUACGUUGUUUGUGUUUUAGGUGUCUUAUUGUGCCCGUCCCGAUGCUACUUCUCCGAGGAGAGAUCUCCCGAGGAGUCGCGAAUGCAGCUUCCGACCGUGGUGGUCGCCAUCAUAGCCAGGAACGCCGCUCACUCCCUGCCUUACUACCUUGGAGCUUUGGAGAGCCUCGACUACCCCAAAGAUCGCAUCUCGGUGUGGGCUGCCACUGAUCACAAUGCAGAUAACACCACAGCCAUCCUCAAAGAGUGGCUCACCAUCAUGCAGAAAUUUUACCAUUAUGUGGAGUGGAGACCCAUGGAGCAACCUGUGUCCUACGCGGGAGAGAUGGGUCCCAAACACUGGCCUAACACCAGAUACGAGUAUGUGAUGAAGCUAAAGCAAGCGGCGCUUAACUUUGCCAAGAAACGCUGGGCGGACUACAUCCUGUAUGCAGACACCGAUAACAUCCUUACCAACCCUAACGCACUCAACCUGCUGAUAGCUGAGAACAAGUCAGUCAUAGCUCCCAUGCUGGACUCUCAGGGAGCGUACUCCAAUUACUGGUGUGGAAUAACACCACAGGGCUAUUAUCGAAGGACAGCAGAGUAUUUCCCCACCCGCCACCGUUACCGCUUGGGCUGCUUCCCUGUCCCGAUGGUGCACUCCACCAUGUUGCUGGACUUAAGGAAAGAGGGAAUGAAGAAACUGGCUUUCUACCCUCCUCACAAGGAAUACUCCUGGCCCUACGACGACAUCAUCGUCUUUGCCUUCUCCUGCCGAGCUGCAGCGAUUCAGAUGUACCUGUGCAACAAGGAGCGCUACGGCUACUUGAAUAUCCCGGCCAAACCUCACCACACUCUUGAGGACGAUCGCCUCAAUUUUGUCCACGUUCACUUGGAGUCGAUGAUUGAUGGCCCUCCAAUGAAGCCCUCCCGAUACACCCACAUGUUACCCAAGCAGAGAGACCUGAUGGGCUUUGAUGAGAUUUACCUGAUUAAUUUGCGCCGGCGCCCCGACCGCAGACAGAGGAUGUUGUUCUCCCUGAAUGAGCUGGAGGUCGACGUCAAGGUAGUUGACGCUGUGGAUGGAAAUGCACUGAACAGCAGUGACAUCAAAAUUCUGGGGGUGGACUUACUACCGGGCUAUUACGACCCAUUCUCGGGACGUACUCUCACCAAAGGAGAGGUGGGCUGUUUCCUCAGCCACUUCUACAUCUGGAAGGAGAUGGUGGACUUGCAACUGGACAAAGCUCUGGUGCUGGAGGACGACGUCCGCUUCCAGGCAAACUUUAAACGACGAGUCCUGCGGUUGAUGGAGGAGGUGGAACAGGUGGAGCUGGACUGGGACCUCAUAUACUUUGGCAGGAAGCAGGUGAACCCGGCAAAAGAAGAAGCGGUGGACGACGUCCAGAAUCUGGUAGUGGCAGACUAUUCCUACUGGACUCUCUCUUACGCCAUCUCCCAGCAAGGUGCCCAGAAGCUGGUCAACGCUGAGCCGCUUUCCAAGAUGCUGCCCGUCGACGAAUUCCUCCCCAUCAUGUACGACAAACAUCCCAACGAGGACUACAAGUCCCACUUCCCCAACAGGAAUUUACAAACCUUCAGCACGCGCCCACUUCUGGUGCAGCCCUGCCAUUACGCCGGCGACCCACAAUGGGUGAGCGACACCGAAACGUCAACGCUGUGGGACGACGACGCGGUGCGCACAGACUGGAGGGGCUCCCACAAGACCCUAAAGGGGGGCGUACCCCCACCCGAGAUGCUGUCGGCUUCCUACAAGGACGAGCUCUAAGAGGCGAGAGAGAGGUGAACACUGUCGGGACAAAGUGUUGUCGCAAUCCCACCCCAUGUCAUGUCGACCACCCUGUGCCGUUUUAAGGUGGACUUUCCUGCAAAGCACGUUAAUGGUGACAUGAUGGUGGUAAGGUUGACAUUUUUUUAUUUUGUGUUCAUCAGGGACAGGUUUUCUUACACGGUGCACAAAAACAUUUUGCGAUUGUGACAAACUAUUCAUUUGUUUGUUCAUAACCAAAUGUACCUCGUAUACUGUAUCUGGAGCAGUAGUGCACUCACUUUAUUAGGUACACCUACACUAUCUGAAAGAGAAUUAAAAAAAAAACCUUUGCAAUUUUUUUUAAUGAGGACACUGCAGGGGUGCCCGACGAGUUUUCCUUGCAGUUUGGCAAAAUUCAUCUUUUACUACCUACAUUGGAGUUAAGGGUAUCAUUUGAUUCAUAUUCAGUAUGGUAACAUUCCAAACUUCUUAUUUACUUUUGCAUAUAGAUAUUUACUUUUCCACUGCACUGUUUAUUAUUUUUUUUUAUAAACAUGGCGUCUGUGUGCUAGAAGCUAAACUGCACUGUGAGUUUAUUGACUAAACCAGUUGCACUUCCUGUCCCUUCCCUGAUACAAGUAUGUUCUGUGUGCGAAGCCAAAUAAUCGCCCCAACAUAAUUCUACCUACAUUUUAUUUUUCAGAUUUUAUAUGAUGCCUAACUUGUUUUGAACAGAAGUCAAGGGGGGAAAAAAAAUGCAAGCUCUCCUGAGGCACACAAACUGAUGUAUAGAAUCUGACGCUGCAUCAUAAUCAGACAUUUUUUAAUAUUAUCCCUGUCAUCCAACUAAAUACUCCCAACUCCAGCUUUGAUUUGAAUCACCGACUUCCUCUUUAAAUUCAUCUCGACGGGGUUACAAUUCAAGUAACUAAUAUUUCCGAUGCUCCAUAAUAGAUUUUGAACGCAAUCACAGCGCACACACGUCAAUGAAACUGGCGUUGCAUUGCAUUGCUUUGUUCAUCUCAAUGUCUUAAUUUAUUUGUUGUCUCACAACUUUUUCCGCUUGUCAGUGUCUUCUGUGCAUCAUGCAUUGUGUUACAAUACAAGAAAGCAACAACAAUAUCAUAAAUAUCCGGAAUCAAAACA